UGAAACGGAGACGGAUAAUGGAGAAAGAGAGACGGACCAGGCAGCUCCGAGGCCGGCAUUCGAGCGGGACGAAAAUUGGAUGCAUCCUCGCGACGCUCGAUCUCGACGGCUCUUCGGCGAGCAUCGCUUCCGUGCACGAAACGCCGUCGGCGCUGCCUGGGAACCUGGUGCACGGCUCGAUCGACCAAAUCCAUAUCGUCGAGCCUGAAGAAACGCAGACGAACGGGCUCGUUCACGGUCUACGUGUGUGUGUCGUGCAAACGGCUCUCGGCCGAGGUGAGAAUACACAACCGCGGCUCGCGAUGAAACCGAUUGCAAGAUAUACGCGAGCGGAUACGUGCAUGGACGCGAGCACCGUCGCGGAUAUAGCAAGGCCCCAGCAUCCACAAGUGUACGAUCGUGUAAUUCCUUACAGAACUGACGCGAACUCUACAGAUAGUUAGUCAUCUGGAGCUAUUCUUAGAGGAUUAUAUCUGGAAAUUCUUAUGAUUAGGUGCACAAUUCCCACGGUACCUAAAGUAUCUCUAGUUUUAUAGGAUUUGUCUUUAGAAGUUUGUAUUUCUAGCUCGACAGCAUCUGUGUUUUUGGAGAUUCUGGUAUAGCUAGUUACAUAGCAUCUCUGUAGAUCAGUAUACUC